AUGCAGCUCCAGGGUAGACCUGAAUCCCUUUAUUUUCCUGGGGAUAAAAUACGUUAUGCGUGUCGCAGUGGAUACGAGUACGUCUUUCCUUAUAGACUCGUGACUUAUUGUGAGCGUAAUAACUCAUGGUUACCAAUCGGAGAAGCUUGUGCAAGAAAACAAUGUCCAACUCCAGAAGUCAAAAAUGGUGAAGUAUUCGCCCCAGAUGAACUUUUUUCAUUUGAUUCAGAAGCUCACUUUUCGUGUGAUGAGGGUUAUUACUUAAUUGGAAAAAAUAUUCUAACUUGUAAACUUGUUGGAGAUAAUGUGCAAUGGAAUGGUAUUAUCCCACGAUGUGAAAUGAUUUAUUGUUCAUCACCUGGAAAAAUAAAAAAUGGAAAACAUACCAAUAGCUACAGGAAAAUAUUUGAAUAUAAUGAAUUAGUAACUUACAGUUGUAAUCCUUCAGAUGGGCCAGAUGAAUAUUCACUUGUUGGAGAGAGCAAGCUUAUUUGUUCUGGGCCUGACACAUGGAGUAGUGACCCUCCUGAGUGUAAAGUUGUCAAAUGUGAACUUCCAGUACUUGAACAUGGAAGACCGGUAUCAGGAAUUAGAGAAAACUUUUCCUACCAAACAGUGGUUGUAUUUGAAUGUCUCCAGGGUUUUUACCUUAAUGGCAGCCACAUAGUGUUCUGUGGUGGUAAUAGUACUUGGGAGCCUGAGAUGCCAACAUGUAUUAAAGGUUUCAAACCUACUCAUCCAACCAAGCCUCCAGUUUGGCACUAUCCAGGAUAUCCCAAUUCCCGUGAAUUUCCAUCCCUCGAAGACUUUGAGGAUUUAGAUGGAGGAAUCAUUGCUCUCAUUGUUGUUACUGUACUUGUUGGCGUUGCAGUAGUUUGCACUUGCCUGUACAGAUGUCUUCACAGAGAGAAGAGAGGGGAAACAGAGGUUAGCACUGCAGACACCACCUACAAGGAUAAUUCAACCACUCCAGCAAAGCAGAUGCAGUAAAUGGUAACUUCUUAUAACUUCUUGGUGAAUUUAAAGAAGCUAUAAAGUUUAUGGAUGGCAUUUGUUCUUCACCUUUUUUAAUGUCAAUAAACCAGUCUAAGGAAUCAGUAAGGAUUCAGAAUCAGUUGCUAC